UCCCGAAACACCCCCGGUAACUUAUCAAGCGGGUUCCUUUUUAUAUUAAUCUACAAAAAGGUUCACAGCAUGAAUUGUCUUCUUCUUCCGUGGCUGUUUUGGCCUAUAGUGGUGAGCACUACAGUCUCAGAAAGCAAUGUGAACGUGACUCUUGGGCCAACCACAGAGCUGAGUAGAGGUGAACAGAUUUCCUCAACUUCCAUUCCAGUGGAUAUAACUACAGAAGCGAGGAAUGACUGUGACAAAGAUGAGGACUUACAUUCUCCUAAGGAAGAAGUAAGAAUAAGCUUGAAGAACCAUAGAGGCGUCAUGACUGAAGUCAGAAAAAAAAGCUUUUUUGAUCAUAAUGAUGCAACAAAACUGAGAUUGAUUUACUGUAACUUACUACUUCCAGAAGGUGUAGAUCAGCUGCUCGUGACAAACAUCACCUGCAUUUUGUCUAUGUCAAUGCAGUUAAGCUGCAAUUGGACCACCGUGAACUCCCCUGCCUGUGCCCAUUAUUCUGCCACUAUCUUCCAGGAAGAUGAGAAUGCCACAAGUUGUCAUUGUGAUAAAAUCGGAAAAAAUGCUGUUGGAUGCCAUGGCAAUGUUAAAGCAAAAAGGAAGGACAUAAAAGUUCAUAUCAAUGCGUCCUGCACAAACUUCUGGUAUAAUCACUUUGUGUAUUAUGACCAAAAGGAUAUUGAAAAACUCGAUCCUCCACAGAAUGUAACUGCAUCAGUUACAUCUGGAAACCUAGUUAUUACAUGGAAACCUCCAAAAAAUGUUAAACCUGAAUGCCUCAUCUUUCAAACAAGGAUUAACAAUGAGCUAACAAACAUUUCAAAGAUACUGGAAUAUAAUAUGAAGGAUGUAGACCUGACCAGGAGCUACUCUGUGCAAAUGAGAGUUACCAAGUUAAGCGAUUGCAGAGAAAACCACAUUUGGAGUGACUGGAGUGACAUUUUGGAGGUGACUCCAUCUAAAAAGCCAUAUGAAUUGAAGCCUCUGGUGAUUGCUGCCAUUGUUUUGGGCAUCCCCAUGUUCCUCCUCGCCGUUCUUCUGCUGUGCAGAUGUCACAGGAUAUUUGAAAAGCUGUUUCCUGUUCCAAGCCCAUCAUCAAAGAUAAAAUAUCUCCUGGAAAAAGAUGAUUUUGUCAAGGUUGUGCCAACAAAAUAUGUUGAGGAAAUAACAGAAGUGCAGUUUGUUGGAGCUGAACAUGUGAAUUCAUCUUGAUGAGUUUGAGAAGAUGGGGGUCACAGACCGGAGUACGCUU